AUGACCAAUCACAAAUCCAAAGGACUGAUGAUAAAGCAUACCAAUCCCCUCUUGGAAGAAAUAGUCAUUCAGAACAAGACAGAUUUUGAGACACGGCCACGACUUCGACUUCAUGAUGGGAAGCUCAUCAAGGAUCGACGUUAUCAUCUUCGGACAUAUCCCAACUGUUUUGUGGCCAAGGAGCUCACGGAUUGGCUGAUAGACCACAAGGAAGCACCAGACAGAGAAACAGGCAUUCGGUUGAUGCAGAAACUGAUGGACCAUUACAUCAUUCAUCAUGUGUGUGAUGAGCACUCCGACUACAAAGACGCCAAACUUCUGUACCGUUUCCGCAAGGAUGAUGGGACCUUCCCUUUAAACAAGGAUGUCAAGGUGUUUCUUCGAGGCCAGAGUCUGUAUGAAGCGUUGGUAAGUGCCGAUGACUCAAUCCUUAAAGUGCGGGAGGAAAAGGCUGUCAGGUACCAACGAGCUUUCCUGGGCUGCGAGAUGGUGGAUUGGCUCACGCAGGAGGGAGAGGCAGCCAGCAGAAAGGAAGCUGUGGAGCUGUGUCGGGCUCUUCUGGAACAUGGGAUCAUUCAACAUGUCUCUACCAAGCACCACUUCUUUGAUAGCAACCUCCUCUACCAGUUCCGAAUCAACUUCCGUAGGCGGCGGCGACUGACAGAGCUUCUGACAGAUAACCUCCGAACUGUCCCUGAGAGCUCCGAUAGCCCCUUCUGUCUUCGAAAGCUCAACCCUGACCAGGGCAAUACCAGCUUCCUCUCAGUGAAAAUAAAAGAGAAACGACUGCAUUUGGCAUAUGAUCGACAUAAAAAAGAAGAUGAGGUGACAGGCAGGGUCUUCAUCUCCACGAAUGAGGAGAGUCUCAUCCUAAUGGGCUUUGAGACAGAGGUUAUGCCCAUUUUACAGAUGAGAAAACUGAAGCAAGGAGAGCCAGGUCCACCUGGACAGACUGGACCAGAGGGCCCUGGAGGCCAGCAGGGGUCACCAGGGACUCAAGGUCUCACUGUUCAGGGACCUGUGGGUCCCCCAGGGCUCAAAGGCGAGAAAGGGGACAUUGGACAUCCAGGCCUACAGGGCCACCCUGGCCACCAAGGGCCCCCUGGGAGACAUGGCCUCCAAGGUCCAAAGGGAAUGAGGGGAUUUGAAGGUACAGCUGGCUUUCCAGGACCUCCUGGUCCAAGGGGUUUUCAAGGAAUAGCUGGUGCCAGAGGCAUCAAUGGGGAGAAGGGCUCUCCUGGAGAUGUGGGACCCACAGGACUUCCUGGGCCCAAAGGAGAACGAGGUGAAAAGGUGAGACCUUUUGCUGUCCUGUUCCAUUUCUGA